AUGUCCAGGUUGGAGGGGAAAAAACAAAAGGUCUGCAAGCAACAGGAAAGGACAUCAGGGCAGGAAAGUGAGGAGAGCGGUGACAAGGAGGGUAAAUCCACCACAAACAGCAAGAAACACAGUUCUAAAAAGAAGUGUGGUAAGCGUGUUGGUGUCAGGGGGAAAGUCACUGAGUUGGAGUCUAUAAAGGCAAUUGCAGAGCAAAGUGCUGAAGGCUCUUUUCGGAAGCAGAACCCACCAGAGAAGGCGCAGAACCCCAGGGGAAAGCACAGAGGGAAACAUGGCUUUAAGGAGGCUUCUGGGCAGAAGUCAAGUCCUCAACCCCAAGGCAGUACAGCACAGGGAAAAGGUGAGAGGACUGGGAAAAAGAAAGUUGAAAAAUAUGCCAGGAUUGUCAUCACUGAAAGUGAAGAAGAAAAUUUCCUGGAAACCUCAGGUAACUCCUGCUCUGACUCCAGCAGUGAAGGCCAUGGGACCCAAGAAAUGGGUACAAAAGAGACUGUAGUGGGCAGCAGUUCCAGCAGUGAAGAGAAGAGCAGCUCUUCAGAGAAGAGCAGUUCAGAAGAGAAGGGCAGCUCUUCAGAAGAGAAGAGCAGUUCAGAAGAGAAGAGUAGUUCUUCAGAAGAGAAGGGUAGUUCAGAAGAGAGGAGCAGUUCAGAAGAGGAAGAUGGCAACAGUGAGAAAGAAGCUGUGCUCGAAGGUCCUCCUGUGACUGAAGGCAAAGGCUACAAGGAAUUGGUUGAUGAAAGCAAUGAAGCAUCUAUUGAACCUGAAAGGGAGCAGGAAACCACAGAUGGAAAAAUUGAAUCUGAGGAUGAAGGCACUGAAUGUGCAGGAUUGGAAGCAGAGGAGAAGAUGAAGAAGCAAGACGACAUGCUGACACAACCAAAAUGUGUUCUAGCUGAGGACAGUGGGGCAGAUGAUGAGGUAAACAUUUCAGAAUUCCAAGUUAAGAGUCUUAAGAACAGAGAAAAUAAUGAAGUAGACAAGGAAAAUAUACUAGAAAAUGACAGAGUUCAAGAUAUAUCCAAAGAGGGACAUAUAAAUUCUGGUAGCGCUGGGGAGAACAGAACUGAAGAGACCACUGAUGAAGGAAAGGAAAAUGCAACAAAAACCCUGCCAAGUGCUGUGAAAGCAAAACUCCAUGUUGGACUUAGCAAAGUACAUCAAGGAUCUGAACAGGAGGAGAUGGUGAACAAUGAAGGCAGUGUGCUGGAAGACAGCCCUUUGCUCUCCAAACAGCAGAGGACUCUGAGGGAGAAGUCUGGGAGGUGUGAGAUUGCAGAACAAGGUGAAGAGGUAGCACAUGGACAGAGGGACAGUUCACCAGACUGCAGCAAGCAGGAACUCGCAGCAACGAUGCUCACGAAGAAAAGUUCUCAAUCCCAAAUCCCUCUUAGUCUGAAAAAGAAGCAUAAAAAUGCUGAGACCAAACUAUUACCAAGCUGUAAACCGAAUCCUGUCCAGAUGGCUUUGGGAACCAACUCAGACCUGAAAAAUGUUGAAAGCAUCUGUUCAAAAUCCAUGACUCUAGAAACCCUCAGUAAACAAAAAGAACCUGACAUAACUCGAAGUUUUGGAGAGAAAAGAUUAAAUACUUCAAGCUGCUCCAUGAUUGUUAAAAAAUCAUCUGAUAAGCAGCUCCUUGGAAAGAAGAAGAAAGCUGGAAAAGUUACUGGAAAAGUUAAACUGAGUUCGGGCCAGACUUCAGAGGCAAAAGAAGAGAAAGCAGAAGAAGUGCUUGCAGAGGCACCUUCUGAAACAGAACAUGGGCAUGAUUGGAAAGGAUCCAAGCACUUGCACACUCAUUCUACUUUUAGAAAAGUCACCAGCUGGCUUGGGCAAAAACCUGCCAAGAAAUCAAGGCUGAAAGCUCGUCUGCUGAGCGUGUCACGUGCAAUUGGUAUUUCAAGAUGGCUCUUGAAGAAGUUUGGGAAGAGGAAGAAGAGCAGCAAGCCUUUUGGAUUCAGAAGUAAAAUGGCAAUCCGGCUUCUAAGCACUGCUGGGUGGGUUGGUCGGUCGGGCAAAGCCUUCCCUGGUGCAGCUGGACAGCUGGGGAGGGCUGAGCCGAGGGACAAGGAAUCUUCUCCUCCAUUAUUGGAGGGCAAAAGCAGUCCUAAAAUGGCAGAGGAAGUGGGACACGUUGAUUUGCCUUCUAGUGAUUCCCCUCUUCAUGGAAGCAGUUCCUCUCCAUGCUUGGAUGAGGAGAAGAGCAAUGCUACUGAUGCCAAAUUUGCUGUAGUAUUCCCCAGAGUCCACAGCUUGGUUAAGGCUAAAAAGUCCUUAUCCAGGGGCUCUGGGAAGCGUUGUUCCCUAGAAAAACUGAGAUCUCUAUCAGACAGAAGAUCUGUCACACCUGUGCAACAGGGUAGCAGAUUCAAAUGUGACCUUCCCAGAUCUUUGGUGGGUCAAAGCCAGAGAAACAGCAAACAGGGCUUCCUUCUGCAUGAAGAGGAUCCAACAUGGACAUCAGAUUAUUCCAGUGAGGUGGAUGUCAAAGUAGGCUCGGGUGUCCUCCAGACUGCAGGGUCCGUGGUCACGCCCGGUGUUCACUGGUCUCAGCAGCAGGCCCAGGGCUGUGACCCUGCAGCGUGGCUGAACUCGGAGUUGCUGCUGCCACGCCUGACCAUCGAGAACCUGAGCAAGUGGGCCACCUACAGGGACCCACAGCUGGCCAGCAGCCGCGUGAGGAAGGUCUGCGAGGAGCAGUGGGAGGCAGAAGAUGUCACUGACGACGUGCUAGAGCUGGAGUUCAUGCAGAAACAGGUGUACAGGUGUGAAGACCCCCGUGCAGAAGUUGAGGAGAUUGAAGAUCUAACCAGACUGGAGGAAGUCUCUGAGAGCUCAGUCCUGCUGUGCCUGAAGAAGAGGUUCCACCGCAAUCUCAUUUAUACUUACAUUGGGCAAAUUUUGGUUUCUGUGAAUCCUUUCAAAGACCUCAGUAUCUAUUCUGAAGAUGUGGCUACCCAGUACCAUCAGGGGACUCUCUCAAAAAAUGCCCCACACGUCUUUGCCAUAGCAGAAAUGGCCUACACACUGUCCCAGUCGUCAGGGCAGGAGCAGUGUGUCAUCAUCAGCUUCCUUACCUCUUGUUCCUCCAGUGGACACAGUGGAUCAGGUAAAACAGAAGCUGCCAAAGCAAUUGUGCAAUACCUGACCCUGCUGUACCAGAGAUCAGAUAGCCACAGGAUCAGACAGCCCUGCCAUGUCCUACCCAUCCUGGAGAGUUUUGGAAAUGCCAGAACCAUCCUCAACGACAACUCAAGCCGGUUUGGAAAGCUUCUGAAUGUCCACCUGCGACAUAGUGUCGUGGUGGGAACAUCCAUCUCCCAGUACCUGCUGGAGAAGUCCCGAGUGGUAUUUCAGGGCAGAGCAUGUGACAUCCUGGGGAAGGAGGACAGUCAGGACUUUCUGGUCUUGGUGCAAGCUCUGGAGGGGAUCUGCCUCUCUGAGGACCAGCUGAACUCCACCUGGGCUGUCCUGGCUGCCAUUCUGCAGCUGGGGAACAUCUGCUUUACCUCCUGCGAGAAAGAAUCUUAUGAACACGCUGCUGUUGCCAGUGACACUGAGAUCCAGAUUGUGGCCAAUUUGUUGUGUGUCUCAGCAGAUUUCCUGCAAAGUGCUGUCACUCACCGUGUCACUGUGACAUCUUAUGAUCGGAUCUUCACCCCUCUGUCUGUAGAAGGAGCCAUCGAUGCCAGGGACUCCAUUGCCAAGACUCUGUACUACCUGCUUUUUGAGUGGCUGCUGCUGAGGAUCAACGAGUGGUUGGCUCCCUGGGAAUCAGACUGUGCCGUGGGAAUUGUGGACAUACAUGGUUUUGAGGAUCUCGGGUUGAACAGCUUGGAGCAGCUCUGCAUCAACUUUGCCAACGAGCACCUCCAGCAGUUUUUCAGUCAGACUGUCAUUGCCCAGGAAGAGGAGGAAUACAGCCAAGAGCAGUUAGCUUGGAUUCCUAUUUCCAAGAUGUACAGCGAGUCGUGCCUCGAUUUCCUCACUGCAAAACCUCAUGGCAUCUUGUGUAUCCUGGAUGACCAGACAUCACUGACUCAGGCCACAGACCACACUUUCCUCCAAAAGUGUCACUACCAUCAUGGAAACAGCCCCUGGUACACCAAGCCCAAGCUGCCCUUGCCAGUGUUCACUGUGAAGCACUAUGCAGGCCCUGUCACCUACCAGGUCCACAAGUUCCUUAAUAAAAACCGUGACCAGCUACGUCCAGAGGUGCUGGACAUCUUCUCUCAGAGCCGCCUCAAGGUGGUGUCUCACAUUUUCCAGAAGGCUAAAGCUUCCUAUAGUCAGCAAAGGAAGCUGGGGCCAAGGGGAAAAGGGCUCAAGCCUCAGGCCUCCACACUGGUGUCCAAAUUCCAGCAGUCUUUGCAGGACCUCACAGCCAAGCUGAGAAGGAGCCAUGCCUUCUUCAUUCGGUGCAUCACCCCUAAUCCCAAAAAGCUGUCAAAUAUCUUUGAUGUGGAAUAUGUCACUUGUCAGCUGCGACAUUCUGGGAUACUGGAGGCUAUCCACAUCAGAAAGGAGGGAUAUCCCAUCCGUCUUCCAUUCCAGAACUUCCUGGCCAGGUAUGGGCUCCUGGCUGGGCGAGGGCUCAGCUGCCUGGAGGAGAGAGAAGGCUGUGCAGCAGUGCUGGCUCGUGUGCUGGGGAACCCCUCGGAUCUCUAUCAGAUUGGAGUAACAAAGGUCUUUCUGAAGGAGAAGGCCAGGCAGCUGCUGGAGCGGCGAUGGAUCCAGAGGCAGAGCUGGGCUGUUGUUACUCUGCAGAGGAAAUUCCGGUGCCUCCUUCACCGCAGACGCCUCCGUGUCCUCCAGGAGAAAGUCACAGUCAUUCAGGCUCACUUCCGAGGCUACCAGGCAAGGAAGCGUUACAGGAGGCUGAAGAAGACUUUGGUGCAAUUUAAUACCAUGAUUUUAAUCUCCAGACCUUUGAUUCAAAGGAGGAAGCGCUGCCAGCAUGUCACUGUCUUUCUCAGCCCAACCCUCAUAACCUCCCAUCCACUCACACUGAUCUGCAACACUGACAAGCAGGAGAGAGAGAAAGGCAGAAACAGAGACCCUCCUUUUCCAUCUUGGAGCAGGAGUCAGCAGGAGUUAGAGGAAAGGAAACGAAGACAGAGAUCCCUGGCCAGUGGUGAUACAGAGAACAGUCCCAACCAAGGAAUGGACGUGGGGCUGCUGGAGAUCCCUGCAGAGCUUGCAGCCCUUCUGCAGUUCGUUGAAGGUCGACACCAAGCACAGACCAACCAGAUAACUGAGGCAUUGCCUCCAGAAAUCAAGGUCAAAGAUGACCUUUCCCUCCCACCCACCAUCAACAGCUAUCCCUUCUCCUCCUUCGUUAAGUCACACUUCCAGAAGCCAGAUUUUCCUGCCCUUGGUCAGCCUCUGCAUCACCCCUUAACCCAGCUGGGCACUGAACACCACGAGAGUGCACUUGAGACCAACAAACUGAUCUUGCGGUUCAUUGGUGACAAGAGCCUCUAUGGCUGGCAGGAGGUGCUCCUGGGCAACUACAUUGCUGGCAGAGGUUUGAGUAACACGGCUCUGCGUGACGAAAUCCUCAGCCAGGUGGUUGCCCAGGCAUGGAAGAACCCAGACGUGGAGCACAGCCAGCGAGCCUGGGUCCUGAUGGCGACUGUGCUGAGCUGCUUUGUGCCUUCACCAGCACUGGAGAAGCCCUUGCUGAAAUUUGUGUCAGACCAUGGCAUGGAGGGCUACAACGCUGUCUGCCAGCGCAAGAUCCUGACAGCAGCACAUCACACACAGACAGGCUCUGCAUCCUCUCGGGCCUACCCUCCCACUCGGCUGGAGUGGACAGCAAACCAGAGGAGAGGGAAGAUUGUGCUGGAUGUUCAUACCUUUAAUGAGGAGGUGUUCUCAGCUGAGGUGGAGUCCUGGAUGACUGGGGAGCAGUUUGCAGCCUGGAUCCUAAAUGCAAGAGGCUGUGAUAAGAAGACUCGAGGGUGGUCUGUCUCCAUGUUAACUGGCAACACAUGGCAGGACCUGCUGGGCUGUGACUUUGUGCUGGACCUCAUUGGAGAGAUGGAGGAGACCAGCAACUUCAGCAGUGCUUCCCAGUCCCCAGCUGAGUUCCCCAUCACUCCAGAAAGGGACAGGAGCACCUACCAGUUCUCUGACCUGGAUUCGAUCCCUCCUGCUCCAGGCAUCCAGGCCCCUUCCUUCCCACCCCCUAGCCUGCCUCCAGAAUUCAUGGAUCUCCAUCCAGAUCCAAGGAUUAGAGAUGACCUGAGGAACCCUGUAGGCCUGGAUCACUAUGUGGAUGAUCUCUUCAGCCCUGUGCUGCAUCAGGGCUCCAGACUAUCAGAUUUGGAGAACAGGGACAGUCUCACUGGACGCAUGAAAGGAGGUGGGAAGAUUGGACCCACAAGGAGAGGAAUCCUUCCUUCUACAGGCUUCCCUGGAAUGGCUCAAGCACCAGUUUACCAGCCCAUGCCUUCCAUGAUGGGGGUGCCAGCAGCCAUGCCCAUGGUACCAGGGGCUGGUGGGAUCCCACCUAUGCCAGCCAUGGUUCUGCCCCAGCCCAUGGUUCCAGGUGUGGAUCCCAACCAGUUGGCAGCACAGCAGCAAGCCUUUAUCAACCAGCAAGCCAUGCUCAUGGCCCAGCAGAUGACCCUUCAAGCCAUGAGCAUUUCCCAGCAACAGCAGCAGCAGCUGCAAAAGUCUCUUGAGAAGUCAAGACCGAGAGUCUCAAGUCUACCACAAGCCCAAGCCCCAGACACUGCCCCAAAACCCAAGAAGCCUCCCACAAGCCAGGAUGCUGCAACACCACCAGAGUCUUCAGAACCACCAGCUAAGGGUUAUGACUACACAGGAGAUGAGUUUUCCAGCAGUGGAGAUGAUGACUUUCCUCGGGAAACCUUCCAGCAGAAGAGACAAUAUUUUCAGAAGAUGGGAGAGCAACAUAUCCGAGUGAAGAAAGUCAGGCCUCCUACCAAAACCUGGACUCCACCAGCAAAUCCCCAGCCAGAGCAGGAGGAGGAGAAAAAACAGGAGCAGCAGAGGAAAGAAGUGAAGCCCGUCCCCAAACCAGAGGCAGCUCCUGCUUCCCCUGUGCCGUAUCCUGAGCCAAAGCCAAUAAAGCAGACACCAAAAGUGAAGAAGGAGGCACCUGUAGUGAAGCCUUCAGGCCCCGAGUCGCGUCCUGCACCGAGCCGCGAGAUUGGCAACAUCAUCAAAAUGUACCAGAGCCGACCAGCCCCUGAGCCCCAGCCCAUCGAGCCUGUAAGAGUAAACAAGCCGUUUAUAAGGAGGAAUGACCCCAAAAAUGAGGCUCUGGCCAAGCUGGGAAUGAUGAACUCCUCAUCUUGCCCAUCACCAUCUCCUGUGCCACAAGAGAAGAAAGUACCUCCACCUAUCAAGCCCAAGCCAGGCUCAGCUUCCAGCUCUAUCAAGGAGAAGCAGUUGCCUCUCCUGUCCAUCUUCAGGCCAGAUUCUACCCCACCAGCAUCUGAGGGUCCUCCUGCUCCCCCUCCUCUCCCACCACUGCCUUCACCUCUAAAGCUUGAGGACCAAGGCAGGCAGGAAUCCACAGAGAGGGACUCUGCUGUAACAGUAGAUGAUGAUGAUGGCAUCAAGACCCAGCUGUACAAGCUCACCACCAGCGUCAGCUUCUCCUAUGCGGACCCUGCCUGGAAAAUCUUCCUGCGCAAAGAGGUGUUUUACCCCAAAGAAAAUUUCAGCCAUCCUUAUUGCCUGAACUUGCUGUGUGAACAGAUCAUCCGUGACACUUUCUCCAACUCCUGCUUUCGGAUCUCCAAGGAGGAGAAGCGCAAGAUGAAAGACCUGCUGACGGAGUUCCAGGUUGGCAACGAUGUCCAGUCCAUCAAGGAGGAUGGAAUAAAGAAGAGGAUUGUACUGGCUGCUCGGGACAACUGGGCCAACUAUUUCUCCCGCCUCUUCCCAGUUUAUGGUGAAGAGGGAAGUGAUGUGCAGGUCCUGGGUGUUUCUCACCGGGGCAUUCGGCUGCUGAAGGUGGAGAAAGCAGCCGCGUAUAAUCCUGAGCACCUCAAGAUUCUUCGCAGCUACUGCUUUGCAGAUGUGCUCUCAGUGGAGCUGAAGGGCAGCAGUGCCCUGGAGUUCUCUCUGAAGACAGAGCAGCUCCUCCUGCACUCUCUGAAGGCUCCGUGCAUCAAGGCCAUGGUGGAACUCUUCAUGCAGGAGCUGAGGCAGGACACCAACUACGUCGUUGCUCUGCGCAGCUACGUUGUGGACGACAAGAGCCUCCUCAGCUUCAAGAAGGGUGACCUCAUUGAGCUGCUGCCCAUGCAAGGCGUGGAGCCAGGCUGGCAGUUUGGCUGCACUGGUGGCCGCUGUGGUCUCUUCCCCACCGACCUGGUGCAGUUGACUGCAGCCCCUGAUUACCUCAGCACCAACAUGGACAGACGUGCAGAGCUACGGAAGAGAAGGAAAUCUUCCCCAGAGAGCAGAAACACCAGCAGGGAGAGUUCUGUUCUCAGCCUGACAUCAGAACUUGACAGCACCAUGUUAGUCCCUGCUGGUGAUCGUUAUACCAUGAUUGACUUUGCCACAGCCUAUUUCCGGGAGGCUCAGUCCAUGCAGGGACUGCAGGGGAUUUCUGCUGAAAAGAAGAGUAUAGCUGGCCUGGUCCGGCACACCAAGGUCCCAAUCCAGAAUUCUUUGCUCUGGUACUCUGACAGUGAACUGAAUGAGCUGGCUACAAAGAACUUCCAGACGCUGAUGCAGCUCAUGGGAGAUCAGCCCAAGCACAAGGACCAGACUGAGGUUGAAUGCAUCUAUGAAAUCCUUAAGCUAUGCAAGGAGAAGGAGCAUUUGCAUGAUGAGAUCUACUGCCAGGUCAUCAAACAGGUCACCCACAACCCUAACCAGGAGAGCGUGCUGCGUGGCUGGUUGGUCCUGAAUCUGCUAACUGGAUACUUCCUUCCUACUAAAACCCUGAUGCCCUAUGCCACCAAGUUCCUGCAGCUAGCCAGCAGUGAUCCAUCCAGCACCCACCAUGAUAUAGCCAAGAUCUGCCAGAGCAACCUACGGAAGAACUUCAUGUACGGGGGCCGCCGAAACCUUCCUUUCCCUGUGGAGAUGGAGGCACUGCUGAAGGGGCACGGUGCCCGCCGGCUGGUGAUACUGAUGCCUGGAGGCAUGGAAUACCUCACCAGGAUCAGGACAUUCACGGUGGCCAAGGAGCUCUUGCAGGAGAUCUGUGAGCAGAUGGGAGUAGGUGAACAGGAAGAGAUACAGGACUUUUUUCUUUUUGCUAUCAGGACUGACAACAAAAAUCUUGGUAAAACAGUGAAGCCAAUAAAACCAGAGGAGUAUCUCCAUGAUUACCUGCUGGAGGACAAGAUGGUCACUGUGACUUUGCGCAGGCUCACCUGGAGGACACCUCUGCACUUCGAGAACCAAAUCUAUACAGACGUCCACUAUGGACAGGUGCUGUGGGAUUACCUGAAUGGGAGGAUCCUGCUGACCCAGAGUAAAGAAACAGAGAUGCAAGUGGGCCUUUUGGCAAUGCUCCAGCACUGGGCCAAACCAGAGCAGCAGAACUCUGCUCCUUCUGGGGAGGAGCUGAAGAAAUACACACCAAAGACCCUGCAGCACUUCAUCAGUACCACGGCUCUGGAGAACCAGGUUGACACAUUGCUGAGGACAAGGCAUCCCCUCCAGCCAUUGGAUGCAAAAAUCCAGUUCAUAGAACAUGUGAUGAAAUUGCCUUUCUUUGGCUACACCAUGUUCAUCGUGGAGAGAGUCAGCGAUGAGACGAUCCCUGCGCCCUGUUUCUUUGGUGUGAAUAAAGAGGAGAUCAUUGUGGUGAAUGGCAUCACUAAGGCCGUGUCCCGGGUCAUUCCCCUGAAGGAGGUGCAGAAGAUGCGCACCCUGAAGCCCACGUUCAAAGAUGGACUUCCCGGCUUGGAGCUGAACUACGGAUCACCUGCCACCCCCAAGACCAUGUGGAUUGAACUGAAACAGGCUAAAGAACUGUACCACACGCUUGUUGUCAUCCUGGACAAAACAGAGCUCCACUCCUAGAGCCUGAAAGGAGAAUGACCAAGGAAAACAGCUGUGUCUCUCUUCCUUUGUACUUGAUCAGUGCUCCCUGACCUGCCUUUGGCAGAGAACACUUCCAAAAGACAGCCAUGACCUGAGACAGCUGCUUUCUAGGGCUGCCACCACAGUGUUUGUUGAUGGACUGUACCACAAUCUCACCCCUGGUGACCUGCCAUUCAGUACCCAAGUACUUCCUUGAAGCAAUCCACGCUGUGGAUAAACAAACCACAAGGCCCUUUCCACACCACAGUUCCAACAAAGAGCAGCUGAACUGAUGCAAGCACUUGCCUUCAAGCAAUGCAGUGUGGAAGUCCUCUUUUCUUUUUUGAAUUAAUUAACAUUAGCAAAGCCUGGUGCUUGCUAGAGAUUUGUGUAUCCCAAUGCCCAGCUGAGGCUAUGCAAUGCCUGCACUGGCUGCUGGUGUUUUCCAGAGGCCAGUUUUGUCUCUACAUUGAUAUGCAUAAGGCCCUGGAACAGGACUGGUGAAGCAGGAGUUUACAGAAAGCACCUUAAUUGAAAAGCAGAUCAGUGUUAAUAAUACAAUUAGCACAUAUGCUGGGGCACAGAUUGAGCUGCAAUGGUACGAAAGUUUAUUGUUAAUUAAUUUCUCACUGACAUAAUUAUAUGCAU